GUUUCAGUAACGUGAAACAGAAUGCAACUUUUGAUUGGGCUGGUGCUGGUAGCCGCAUGCCGAGCAAAGGUCACUCUGCUUGCAGCCAAUAGACAGCAGUCGGAGUGCAGAUGCCAUGCACUAGAGCCUCGAGUCCGUCGUAUAGUAGGCGGAACCACCCUAGGCGAUCACCAAGGCAUGCCUUGGAUGGCCGCACUCCUCGACAUCGAAGACCGCCUCAUGGGAGGCGCAACGAUACUUAAUCAGAGGUUUCUUUUAACAGCCGCCCAUAUAUGCAAUGGCACGAAACCGGACGAGUUAACCGCUGCGGUGGGCAUAAACCGAAUAAGCCGAAACACAGCAAAAGUACAGAAUCGUACAAUGCCGAAAGUGGCUCGCUGCAUAGAGCAUCCAAACUUCGACCCAGUUACCGGUGUAAAUGACAUAGCAAUCCUAGAGCUCUAUGAACCUUUGCCCUUCGGGGAUAAUGUAGCACCUGUAUGCUUAUCAGCUCCCUCUGGAAACAACGUCGUAUUCGUAAGCGGCUGGGGAAAAACCGAAGAAGAUGCUCUGGGUCCGAGCGAAGACCUUCGGGUAGCAAAGCUCAUUAAGGCUAGUCUUAUCCAGUGCCAGUCGGAGUUUGGACCCGAAUCUGUGCCCGCCGAACAGGUCAUAUGUGCCAUAGGCAGGAGCAGAGAUGCAUGUCAAGGCGAUUCAGGAGGGCCGCUCAUGGAAAAUUUACUCGAUAGAGACAUGUGGACUCAGCUUGGAAUCGUCAGUUGGGGUUUUGGUUGCGGACGACCUCAUACCCCAGGCAUCUACACGAAAGUGGAAUAUUAUCUACCGUGGAUGACUUCUGUUGUAAACUCGUUCUGCAUAGUCCAGCCAGCAGUUGAUUUCGUGGGAAACGCGAUUUACAACACAAACUGACGGGGCUCCUUACAUGUUGGGUGCCAUCGAUAAAGGCGACUUCGAUUCGGGCUAUGAUAAUAGUUGCAGCACUUUUUUUGUCAAGCAUAGACCGCGUUGUAUGGGCAGCUUGUUGGCUCGUUUGUGAACUUGAAACACUUUGUCAAACAACGGUGUAUUCGACCUAAUGUUGAAUGCUAAAAUGCUAUGGCAGACUAAUAAUAGAGCUGAUAUCCGUCAACAUGUUGUUACUUACGGUAUUAUCCGCCUGCAACACAAACGCCACCUCGCACCCUCAGUCAUUGCUUAGCGAAGCGACACUCGUCGAUGAGAUGCGCAACGAAAAUAAGAGAUCACUCAAUUUAUGUGAAGUUUGGUAAAAAAAUAAACUGCGGCUUUUCUA